UUUUUUUUUUUUUCCCCAUUUAAUAAUGAAUCCUUCAGUUCCACCUACACUUCCUCCUGGAUGGAUUGCACUCUGGGAUGAGACUUCGCAACGUUAUUAUUAUCUUGAACAAUCAACAGGUACAACACAAUGGGAAAUCCCUACUGGAGCUUCAAAGGCAUCUGAAGCAGGCGUAGGAAAUAAGGGUGAAGCAUACAGCUACAAUAGUAGUGGAUAUCCUUUACAACAACAACAACAACAACAAUAUUCAAGUGAAAACAAUUCAUAUAUGGAUUCUUCUCCAGCUUCUAUAAAUACCUCUUAUCCAACUCAGAAUAAUACGGAUCCUACAAUACCCGGUGAAGAAGGAGGAGAAAGAGGAAUUGGGAAAAUAUUUACUGGCUUCUCUGGAGGUGCCAUCACUGGUAGUUUACUAGGUUAUGCGGCAGGAAAAUAUUUUACAAAUAAACAUAGUCAUCAUCAAGGAGGAUAUAAUCAAUACCCACCUCCACCUCCUCCUCCAUUUAGUGGUGGCAGCUUUCAAUAUGGUCAACCUCAUCAGCAUGGUCAUCAUGGUCAUCAUGGUCAGCACAGUCAGCACAGUGGUCUUCCUGGUAUACCCGGAUUUCCAGGCUAUAAUCCACCUCCUCCUUCAAAUUAUGGUAACGAAUUUGGCAAACCACCUCAUAAGCAUAGUUUUUGGUAGUUUAUACAGCAACAACAACAAAUCAAAUUAUUUGUUUUUUUUUUCUUAUAGUUUAUUAUAAUAUAUGUAUUCACAACUAUUAUUUUAUGCAAACCUAAUAUUCAUUUGUUUACAUCUGUUGUUUAUUAAAGUUCAUAAUAAAAAUGUGUGUUUUUUUUUAGAACAUACAAUGAUAACAGGUUUUAUAUACCCUUCAAA